UAAUUUUAUCUUCAAAGAACCGAGGAAGAGGAAGUGACGUAAAUCAGCGCCCGCUACUUCCGCUCCCUUUUCGUUGAGGCUCAGCUAGCGGCCGGCCUGCAAACAUGCAGAUCUUCGUGAAAACGUUGACGGGGAAGACCAUCACUCUUGAGGUCGAGCCCAGCGACACUAUCGAAAAUGUCAAGGCAAAGAUCCAAGACAAGGAAGGUAUUCCCCCAGAUCAGCAGCGUCUGAUCUUUGCUGGUAAACAGCUGGAGGAUGGACGCACACUGUCCGACUACAACAUCCAGAAAGAAUCAACCCUCCAUCUGGUUCUCCGUCUGCGUGGUGGAAUCAUUGAGCCCUCUCUCAGACAGCUGGCCCAGAAGUACAACUGCGACAAGAUGAUCUGUCGCAAGUGCUAUGCCCGUCUGCACCCCCGUGCUGUCAACUGCCGUAAGAAGAAGUGUGGACACACCAACAACCUUCGCCCCAAGAAGAAGCUGAAGUAAACACUUUGGUUGGAUUGGCACUGUACGCCAUUUUGUGUUAAAAUAAAUAUAAGAAAGUGAUA